AUGGAUAAUGUGCACAUUGUCACUAUAACACAAUGCACGAUAACAACACAAGAGAGUACACCACAACAACAUCCAGCUCAAGACCAAAGUGGACGCUGUGACGAGGUGAUGCCCCCGUCGCCAUCGUUGCCGUUGCCUCCCCCAGAACCGCCACCUGCAUCUGUCAUCGGCAGUGCUGGGGCUGAGUCUGUGGUGUCGCUGGCACGGGCAAAUAUGGAUGAGCGGCGUUGUGUGCAGUGUGAGGACAUAAACACCAAGAUGACGACUGUUGUGCAGACCAUGGGAGGCGGUGGUGGUAUGAGGAACUGGUCGACGGGCCUGUUCGACUGCUUCAACGAUAUCACCGUCUGCCUGCUGGGUUGCUUCUGUCCAUUGUGCCUGCUCUUCCAGACGGCGUCGCAGCUCGGAGAGAACGGCUGCUGUGUGGCAUGCUGUAUCCCAUGGCCCUACGGUCAGAUGAUGCUUCGGGUGAAGAUACGCUCUGAGAAUAAUAUCCAGGGAAGCAUCUGCGACGACUAUUGCACGGUGGGCUGCUGCCAGGCGUGUGCUAUGUGCCAGGAAGCUCGCGAAGUGAAGUACAUCCAGAUGAACAAGGGAGGCGGACAGAGCACCCUGACGGUCGUCACCACCCAGCCCCAGAUGCAGCCCGUCGCCGUGCAGCCGGCCAUGCAGCCAGCGCAGCCGAUGAUGGCGCAGCCAGGCUAUGCCUAA